AGCACCAAAGAGUCUCUUAUGUAAUGGCGAAAUAGCCACGUCAUCACUUGUUACCUUUCCCUUUCUUCAAUAAAAAGAAACUUCUUUUGAAUCAAAAUCCUUAUACAACUCUUGUUCUGCUUCUUUCAAUUCACUCAAAAGACUUCCAAUUGCAUAUAAUUGUGAAAAUUUACUCAAGUAGUGAAGCUGGAUAAUAAGUAUAAGUGACUACCUUUUUGAAUUAUACUCAUUGAUGGUGCACAUAAGCUAGGGUGUACACUUCUACUGAAAAAGUGGUGCAGAGCUUUAUUGCAAUAGUUCGAAGUUGGGGCAUCAAAAAUGUCGAGUGGAGAUGGACCUAAAGUCUCUUGUGAAGAAAUACAAAUGGUGCAAAAUCGGAUUGAGUACUGUCUUCGGCAAUACAUGAGUCGGAAAGAAGUUGUGAACACUCUCUUCAUCCAGGACAACAUAGAGCCUACAUUUACUGAACUCGUUUGGCAGAAACUAGAAGAAGAAAAUCAGGAAUUUUUCCAAGCAUAUUACCUGAAGCUGAUGGUGAAAGAGCAAAUAAUUGAAUUCAACAGGUUACUUUCGGAACAGGUGAAGAUGACACAGCAAGUUCCAAGUGCAAUUGCUUCUCUACCUAUGUCUAAUGGGUGUAAUAUUAUGCCAAUGCAUCAAAGUUCAACUUGUGGUGCUGCUGAAAAUGUUGGAACUGCUGCAAAGCCUAAUGGCAUGCAUGAACCUGUACAUGCUGAUAGACCCAAUGCAUUCAGUAACAGCAGCUCAUCUGUUCUCUCUUGCAUGCAAACAACAAUUGAUAUUCCUUCUCAAAGCAGGAAAAUUGAUGGUCCUCCUAAUAUGUUUUUGGGCCAGCCCUCUAACAUGGGGAUGAGACAAACAAUGGAUGGGAGGAUUAUUAAGACAGAACCUAUCUAUGGUGGCAAUUCUCCGUUUGCCUUUGGUCCUCAUGGCACUUACUUGGAGUCACGUUCUGCAAUGGGCGAUGCAUCUGUUUCAUCGUUUAGUAGUGUGGAGUCGAACACACAACCUCUUAAUGAACCUCUUCUGGAUGCUGACACUUCUUCGUUUGGAUUUCUAGGGGAUAUACCUCAAAAUUUUGGUUUCUCAGACUUGACUGCUGAUUUCACUAAUAGUUCUGAUAUAUUAGGGAGCUACUCUAGGACUCCCUUUUUAGCAACAGAUACUGGCAACUUGCUCGAUUCAAAUGGAGGCAUUGAGAGGUUAACCAAUCCAUCAGAGAACUUGAGAUACACUAAUUUCAGUGGAGAUUGAUUGUGUAUAGAUUCGAUCAAAACACAUACCCGACGAUAGCUUUUGUAUAUUGCUGGCUGCUCAAGUGGUUUAGAAUAAUUGGAUUUUCUGGUAUUGUAGGUUGAGGUUUUCAUCUUGGAGAAUAAUUCAAACAUGAAAGAUUUCAGUAGAGAUCUUUGUACAAAGAGUUAAAUGUGAUUUAGAACAUUGUUAUUUUAGCCACGUAUAGCAUACUGUCUGAUUUUUAGUGUAACUAUGAAACAGUGGUGAAGUUUUAGAGAAUAUUGGACCUGAAAA